AUGGAAGCAGUUCAGAGUUUCGAGGUAAGGGCAGGAGCUGAUGGUCGACCCGUAAUUCUGAAUGAUAUUUAUACUUUGAGAUAUUACAUUCGACAUGAUAUCCACAAGGGCUGGAGAGAUCAUGCCUUUAAUAGAUUUGUUAGUGAUUUGAUCCCAAUCAACAGGACCUUAGCAGAUCCUAGAGGGCAAUGGUGCAAAAAUCAAAGCUUUGCCUCCGAUUUGCCUAAAGCUACGAUCAUAAUUUGCUUUUACAAUGAAGCUUGGUCCACAUUAAUGAGAACAAUAUCAUCGGUACUCAAUAGAAGUCCACCAGAAUUGCUAGAAGAAGUGAUAUUAGUUGACGAUUUUUCAAAUAUGGUCCACCUCAAACAGAAAUUGGAUGAUUACGUACGUAAUACACCAAAAAUAAAAUUAAUUCGUGCAAUUAAGCGAGAAGGGAUUGUUAGAGCAAGAUUGUUACCAAUAAACGAUGUGAAGACACCAGUUAUUGUUUAUCUUGACAGUCAUUGCGAGUGUGCCGAUGGAUGGCUAGAACCUCUUCUACAAUGUAUCAAAGAAAAUCCAACUCGAGUAUUAAGUCCAGUAGUCGACCAUAUUCACGAUACGACUUUUGAAUACAUAGCACAAACAAUUGAAGAUCUUCGACUCGGUGGCUUUAAUUGGGACCUCAAAUUCGACUGGAUUGGAAUACCACAGGCAGUUAACCAAAAACGAACUAACAGCUAUGCUCCGAUAGCCACUCCAACGAUUUCCGGUGGCCUAUUUGCAAUACACAAAGACUUCUUUAAAAAGAUUGGUUACUACGACGAAGGAUUUGAAAUAUGGGGCGCGGAAAAUUUAGAACUGUCUUUCAAGACUUGGAUGUGUGGCGGCUCUUUAGAAAUAGUACCUUGCUCACAUGUCGGCCAUAUUUUCAAAAACAGAAUACCUUAUAAGGACACGCAGAAAAUAAUAAGUAGAAAUCAUGUGCGAUUGGCUAAGGUCUGGCUUGAUGAAUACGCAAAAUAUUUUUUCGAAAGAAUUGGUAAUAAUUUAGGAGAUUAUGGCGAUGUGACGUCAAGGAUAGAACUUCGCAAGAAAAUGAACUGUAAAUCGUUUAAGUGGUAUUUAGAAAAUAUCUAUCCACAGUUGGAAAUGCCUGAUGUAUAUGUUGCUAGUGGUGUUAUUUACAGUAUAGAAAAUCCUGGUAUAUGCUUGGAUGCGCACAUAACAUCUAUGAAUCGAUAUGAUGAUACUGUACAACUAUUGCCUUGUCAUUUUCAAGGCGGUAAUCAGUUUUGGACGUACAGUGUUCAUGGAGAAAUAAAACGCGACAAUCUCUGUCUCGACUACUUAUUGAAAACGGUUACAUUAUUUUUCUGUCGCAACACUGCUUCGCAAGUUUGGUUGUAUAAUGCAAAUUCGCAGGUCAUACGGCACAAGCAGACUGCGAAAUGCUUGAACAUAGGAAAAUUCCCAGAAGGCCUGAAGCCAGUGUUAUCGGAAUGCUUUCAUUCGACUUCACAGAAAUGGGUCAUGGAACAUUUUAAGUUCGAUAAACUUGAUCCACAGAUACAGAUGGAAAUAAACCACUACCAUAAUUUGACGACAUUGUAA